UCUUUCAUCUUUUGGUGGACUUGACUCUUGUCCAAAAAGCGUGUGCUAGACUACCACAGUGGAGGCGCUGAAAGUCAAACUGCAGCCUGUUGCUCGAACACUGUAGUACAGAAGCAGCAUGUCGUGGCUCUUCGGCUGGAGGAAGGGCUCCGGUUCGCCGCCGGUGGAUGAGCAGACAGCGGCUGUUUCUGCUGAAGGGCACGGGGGAGCACCAGGAGGUCCAGGGGGAGACAAACCCGGGGAUAAGUGGAGUAACUUUGACCCGACUGGGCUGGAGAGAGCUGCAAAAGCUGCGAGGGAGCUCGACAAAUCACGACAUGCCAAAGAAGCGCUGGCACUGGCUCGUAUGCAGGAGCAGACUGUACAGCUGGAGCAUGAGAGUAAAGUGAAAGAAUAUGAGGCAGCUUUGGAGCAGCUGAAGGGCGAGCAGAUCCACCUGCAGGGCGAGGAGAGACGGAAAACACUUGCAGAGGAGACAAAGCAAAACCAGGCAAGGGCUAAAUAUCAAGACAAACUUGCCAGACAGAGGUAUGAUGAUCAGCUCAGGCAACAGCAAUUCCUCAAUGAGGAGAACCUUCGCAAACAAGAGGAAUCGGUUAUGAAGCAAGAGGCCAUGAGAAAAGCUACCGUUGAACAUGAAAUGGAGCUGAGACACAAGAAUGACCUGCUUCGCGUUGAAGCGGAGGCCAAAGCCCGUGCCCAGGUGGAGCGGGAGAACGCAGACCUGAUCAGGGAACAGAUCCGCCUGAAAGCUGCUGAACACAGACAAACUGUCCUUGAAUCUAUAAAAACGGCGGGAGCGGUGUUUGGGGAGGGAUUCAGGGCCUUCAUCUCUGACUGGGACAAACUCACAGCCACGGUUGCUGGUUUGACCCUGUUGGCAGCAGGUGUGUAUUCUUCCAGGAAUGCCACAGCAGUAGCUGGGCGCUACAUAGAGGCUCGUCUGGGCAAACCCUCACUGGUCCGAGAGACCUCCAGGCUAACUGUUGCACAGGCCAUCAAACACCCUAUCAAGACGGCCAAGCGUCUGAGAAGCAGACCACAGGAUGCCUUAGAGGGCGUGGUGCUCAGUGCAGGUUUGGAGGAACGUGUGAGGGACAUUGCCAUCGCCACUCGUAACACCAGGCAGAACAGAGGCUUGUACAGAAACAUCCUGAUGUAUGGACCCCCUGGAACUGGAAAAACACUCUUUGCCAAGAAAUUGGCUCUCCAUUCAGGGAUGGACUAUGCCAUCAUGACAGGUGGGGAUGUGGCACCCAUGGGGCGCGAUGGAGUCACUGCCAUGCACAAGGUGUUUGACUGGGCCAGCACCAGUAGGCGAGGUGUCUUGCUGUUUGUAGAUGAAGCUGAUGCGUUCCUGCGUAAGCGAGCCACAGAGAAAAUCAGUGAGGACCUCAGAGCCACCCUCAAUGCAUUCCUCUAUCGCACUGGGGAGCAGAGCAACAAGUUCAUGCUGGUGCUUGCUAGUAACCAGCCAGAACAGUUCGACUGGGCCAUUAAUGACCGCAUUGAUGAGAUUGUAAACUUUGCGUUACCAGGUCUGGAGGAGAGAGAAAGAUUGGUGCGCCUGUAUUUCGACAAAUUUGUGCUGGGUCCUGCCACUACAGGGAGACAGAGAUUAAAGUUGGCUCAGUUCGACUAUGGCCUGAAGUGUUCAGACAUCGCAAAGCGAGCAGAAGGCAUGUCUGGUCGUGAAAUCUCCAAACUUGGUGUGGCCUGGCAGGCUGCGGCAUACUCUUCUGAAGAUGGAGUUUUGACCGAAGUGAUGAUUGACGCAAGAGUAGAUGAUGCCAUCAAGCAGCAUGCACAGAAAAUGGACUGGCUGCUGAUGGAAGCAGGUGCGGGGCUUGGCAAGGUUGGCAUACUCCUCCCUAAGGAAAUGGCUGCAGGAGUCACAGCCCAGGAAGCUGCUUCACUUGCACAAACUGAAGAUACGACUCUGACCAUGCCACCAGUCCUUCCACUCCUCGAGGUUAUGAGCAACGCUGCCCAGGCAGAAGCAGCCACUCUACCUUCAGAAGUGGAGGCAGAAGUUAUCCUCAAAGAGGCUGCCACAUUGGUUAAACAAAGCAAAGUUGUUGCUGGGACAACUGUAGGAACAGUUGAAACCAUUGUUGAGAAAACCACUGCUGUCCCGUUGGUACAGGACGUUGAGGCGACCAAGAACCUGACUGAGGAGGUUCUAGGCACAGCUGUAGCUACAGACAUUGUUGUUCCUGAGGUGAAGGACAUAGUCACUGAGAUUAAAGAGGGUAUACCAACUUCCACCAUCCAAGAAACUGCUGCUGUGAGUAAAGAAGAGCCAACUACUGGUGCAGCUGCGCAAGAGACUGAGGCCACAGAAGUAGUCAAGGAGGAAAAGGAUGUUGUAGCACACUUGGAAACAACAGUCUCUGUUGUUGCUCAGGAGACGGAAUCGGACGCCGUUGUAUCUAAUGUUGUACAGGAGCCAGAGGCUACAGUAGUCGAACUCUCCCAGGAAACUGAGUCAGCAGCCACAUCUAUUGGUGGUGUAGAAACUGAAGCCACUAAGAGUGCUGAGGAAGUAGCAACUGACGCUGCAAAGGUUGCAGAGGAAAUUGCAAACAAUGUAGCUCAAGUGACUGAGUCCUUGGUAAACAUUGUAAAAGAGACUGAAGCAAUAGCAACUGAUGUGGCCAAGGUGGCUGAUGCCGUAGCAACCAUCACUGAGGAGAUGGAGACAGGAGUCACCAAGGAGGUUGAAGCGAUGGAAAAUGAUGGCAUCAAGGAUGCAAAUGAGGUUGUAGUGAAAACUGAGUCUGAAACAUCAGAGGUUACUAAAGAGGUUGAAGUGGUAGUGACAGAUGUGGUCAAGGAGUCUGAGAGUAUUGCUAAAGAGGUUGUUAAGGAGGUUGAACCUGCAAUGACUGAGACUGCUACCAAGGAAGCUGAAGUCAUCCCACCAGAGCCUCAGAUGACUGCCAUUGCUGCCAAGGAAGCUGAGGCCAAAACAACAAAGGCUGCAGAGGAGGUAGAGGCUGUAGUAACAGCUGUUUCCAACAUAGAAACCAAGAUUGAUACAGAGACUGUUGUGUCAGAACAGUCUGAGAAACUUGAGAGUCAGACGUCAGCUGCCUCUCAGACUCCCAGCACCGAAGAAGCUGAACCCAGUCAAACCGAGGAGCCUCUUUCGAACAAACAGAGUGGAGAUGACGACGGCAAACCACAAGCUAAGUCUAGUCCAACGAAAUGAUCACUUGGAAUCUUUGAUGAAAAUGCUUUUCUGAAUGAAGAGCUGUUGUAAUUCUUCAAACACUUGAGCCUUCAGUCUGAAACAUUCACCUUGAAAUCUGUCUGCUCUUCUAUCAAUGUUUGUACCUCAUUUACUGUGAAUGCCAAGAUUAAGGUAAUAGUUUGAUUAUGGCCUGUAGGUUUGCAGGAGUCUAAGUAAAAGGAUGUGUGAACCAC